AUUUGAGGGUCAGAUGGCUGGACAACACUUAUGAUGCCCUGUGGUGGGUAAAUCUGAGGCGAAGAAGCCUGAGACUGUCAUUCAUUCUGCCCAGUUUGAUGCAGUGGUUCUAGACAGCUUGCUAGGAAAAUUUGUUUUUUUACGGCUUUCUUCUGGAAGACUUAACAUUUUUUUGGUAACCUAAAUGGGUACAAACGGCAGCUACCUUUUUUGUUUUUGACUUUUUGUACUGUCUACUUUGAAUGGACUAGAAGUUGCCUCAUAAAGUUAAGAAAGCUGCCGUGUCACCACAGAGGCCUGAACCCUGUACAGAAAACGCAAUGUCCUAUACAUCCAAACUCCCUGCGUCCUGGAAUGAUAAACCCCCUCCUCGGAAAGUGGAAAUUGACCUGAGCUCACCUGGUUUAGCAGUGUUUGAGUUGGAAAGACUCUUGUUUACUGGCAAAGCCAUCAUCAGCCAUGCAGAUGAAGUGUGGCCAAGGCUUUACAUUGGUGACCAACACAGUGCAGAGAACCGGGCUGACCUAUCCAUGCAUCGAGUCACUCACAUACUGAACGCAGCUCACAGUAAACGCAGAGGACAGCCAGACAUCUACGAGGGCAUGAAGAUCACCUACAUGGGCAUAGAGGCUCGUGACUCCUGUGGCUUUGACAUGAGCGUCAACUUCCAGGCAGCAGCAGACUUUAUCCACAGGGCUCUCAGCAGAGGAGGCAAAGUGUUGGUGCAUUGCCAGGUAGGAGUGAGUCGUUCCGCCACCCUGGUCCUGGCUUACCUGAUGCUGAAGCAGAACCUGACCCUCGUGGAGGCUAUUUGUGUUGUGAAAGACAACCGGGGUGUUAUCCCUAAUCGGGGUUUCCUCCGACAGCUCAUCAAACUGGAUGGCCAGCUCUUUGGCCCACACUGAUCCCAUGCCUGAUAGCAUUACCGAUCAGCUUUCAGGAGUCCGGAACAUAAGGAAAAAUAUGAUAAAGAUAACUCACACAACAAGUAUACUCCAUAAUGUUAAAACAAAUGAGAUGCAGUGAUUUCAUUAUACAGUUGCAUAUAUCUUUUUUACUUUUAGUACUACUGACAUUAUUUUUGAAAAGGGACUUACUUACAGCACCUGAUCCUGUCCUGGAUCAUGUUUUAAUUGCCAUGAAGAAGUUUUACAUUAAAGAAUAUGAAUCUGGUGCA